AUUUUUCCAUAUAGCAUUAUACCAAAAAGGUUCCACUGCACAAACACGUGUCUGCAGUAGCCAUGGCAGGAAAACAAAUAUUGCUAUUAUUACUUCUUCCACUGUUGUUUUUAGAUGGAGUACAUUUGCAGUACAGUGCGCCUCAAGCAGGGAUACCCUGGAUCGAACCGAGUGGAGCAGAUCUAAUAUAUGAUACCGGAGACAUAGUACCACAACCAGGGAUACCCUGGAGUCCUUCGAAUGAUUCUCCGGAUGCCAAUGAUUAUCCGGCUGACAGUGAUUAUCCGGCUUACAAUGAUUAUCCGGAACCAGAUGUCAUAUACGAAGUACCAGUUGAUACAGCCGAAGUGGACUAUGACCUGCCAGAUUCUCCUAACAGUAUACUCGGCUACAUCUGUCCACAACCAAGCGGCAACUUCAAAUACGCCGACCGAUGUGACGCAUAUAUCCAAUGCAAUGAUUAUGUGGCUGUUGUGUACUUAUGCCCCGAUGGUCUUCAAUUCAAUCCUUAUAGUGAAUGGUUGGACUAUCCUUGCGAAGAUCCUUCGAUAGUGCGCUGUGAGGAACCGUCAAAAACUGUUAUUGUCAACAUUUCUCCGCCGUAUUCACCAAACGUAAAUUUCACCUGUCCUGACUCCGAAGGUUACUACAAAAAUGGGAAUGACUGUAAAACAUAUAUAGAAUGCAAGGACUAUGUGCCGCUUGUCUACAAUUGCUCUGCCGGUCUUUACUUUAACAAAAAUGCGCAAUGGAUCGGCUAUCCCUGCGCAAAUGCUUCAGUAGCGCAGUGUGAACCUUCUAAUAGUUCCACUGCUAAGCCAAUAACAAAUAACUAUAUAACAUAUAACUACGUGUGCCCCCAACCGUAUGGCUACUUCAAACAAACUGGACAAAAAUGUGGCGAAUUUGUUGAAUGCAAGAAUAACGUACCUCGCACCUUCACAUGUCCUUCGGGAUACAACUACAAUCCCAACGCGGCGUGGACGCAGUAUCCUUGUGCGAACCAAGCAAAAGUACAAUGCCGCGGAAACAUUGCUGGGUUGGUAUUCUUACUAAUUCUUGAAUUUACUAUACAGAGUGCUCGGGAGGAAUUCCCAUAACUUCAAGGUAUUAAGAGCGCGCAGCGCGUCGGUACGAUAUAGAUAAAAUUUAAAGCGCAAACGAGACGCCGAAUUAUGACUUUCACGUGAGUGAAAAGCACGGAGCGAUUGACGCGCGACGCAAAUUUUAUGACGUGAGGGCCAAAACCAUUUUUACCUAAUUGCAAGUAAAUUAAACAACAUGACGCAAAACAAAAUGGCCAUGUUCAAGAUAUAUACUUAAUUUUCUAUACAAAACAAAAAUUUAAGAAAAUAAGUUUGCUUUUCCUGAGAUUGAAAGCAAAAUGUGAGCAAAACAUGUAUUUCUCAAAAAAAUAAACUAUCGAGAAAAGUUUUACAAAAUGUGUAUUUUGUAUAGUCAUAACAAAGCUUACACUUUGAAAUAUCAUUUACCCAUAUAUCAGGUUCCUAACUUUUCCAGAAUCUGAUAUCCAGAACCAUUUGUUACGACCAAAUUACAUAUUGCACACACUUAACGAGACCACAUAUCAUACAAAUUAUGAGGUAAUAUGCACUGAGGAAAACUAUGUGCCCCACCCAUUCUCAAUUCAGUUUCGCGACUCGGUAUUAUAUAACUAUUGACAAUUUAACAAGCUUUAUAUAUUUUUUCAGGUAAUAAGCUGUCUCUACAAAGCCGUUUAUUGCUGACAUUAUGCGUAAAUUAAAUAAUAAUUAUUUAUUAAAUAUUUAGUUUUAAAAUGUUUGUUACUCGUAAGCUUAAAAAUGUGUUAUGUUUUAUUUUCAAUUAAAGCAAUACCUACUGA